UAAAAGAAACUUCUUAUCCUACCUGUGUUGUAUUUAUGAACUACAUUCUUCAAUCGUAAUUCUUAUACAAUUGUACUUCAAAAUAAGCAUAGUUAAAAAUGAAAAUCUUGAAAAGCUAUGAGUAUUUGAUAUAACUUUUAAAUAGUGAUUGCUGUGGGGCCAGUGCUGUGGCAUAGUAGGUAAAACCGCCCCCUGUAAUGCCAGCAUCCCAUAUGGGCACUGGUUUGAGUCCUGGCUGCUCCACUUCUGAUUCCGCUCUCUGCUAUGGUCUGGGAAAGUACUAGAAGAUGGCCCAAGUCCUUGGGCCCCUGUACCCACAUGGGAGACUUGGAAGAAGCUCGUGGCUCCUGGCUUCAGAUUGGCCCAGCUCUGACCGAUGUGGCCAUCUGGGGAAUGAACCAGUGGAUGGAAGACCUCUCUUUGUCCCUUUCUGCCUCUGCCUCUCUGUAAAUCUGCCUUUCAAAUAAAUAAAUAAAUCUUUAAAAAAAGUAAUUGCUGCUUUGGAACACAUUUUUAAUGUUAUAUGUAACAACCAUGCAAAAGUUUAGUUCUGUAUUCUAAAUGUGACUCAUGAGUAUAAAUGAAAUUUUUAUUUAAUACUUUGAUUUCUUAGUAUUUAAGAUUAUCUGGAUGAAAUGAGAAUGUCUGGAUUUCUCAAAACAAUUGCCAGAAAAGUUUUCCCCAACUUUGAAUUUCUUUUCCUGGAAUAGGUAUUUAGAGUCAUUCUCUUCACAUAAACACAGCAGGAGAAAAAUUACAUUUCUUAUUGUAGCCACUAGAUGGUGAUCUUAAGCAUUAGUGAGGCCUAAAUUUUAUUGGUGGUGAAAACUGAAAUGGUUGCCCAAAUUAAGCAAUGUGAACUCAGUGAUGACAGUUAGCGAUGUGGAAGAUGGGGACCAGCUGUCCUCCUUACGGAAACACAAGAUUUAAAGUGAGUCAGAUUUCGUUGUAUGGAGGAUUUCCCUGUUCGUGGCGUUUGCUUCAGAUUUACCUGUGGAAGUAAAGUUAACAAAGUCUCCAUAUGUUUAUCAGAAUUUUGAUUCAUUAUGUAAGUGUUGCUUAUUGUAAUAAUUUCAGUUUCAUUAGCUGUUACCAAAUUUCUAGUAGAUUUAAAGUAUUUAAAAAUAGGAUUUAAAAAUAUGAUUGAGUAAGUUAUGUUUAUAAUUCCUUAAAUAACACAUUUGAGCAAAAAAAAAUUGUGUGUGGUUUAACUUAGGGGGCAGGUUUGUGGCCUAUGGAACGCUAUGGAGUUUGAGGUCUGGUAGCCCUGGGUUUGAAUAGUGAUCAUCUGUGUUACCUUAGAGUUCUUGUGAGAAGUAGUGUAAUUUGUGAGUGGCCCAGUGAAAAGUGAAUGGUCCCUGGAAGCAGGACGUGAUUUCACAAGACCGCUGCUGGCCAUGCCGGGGGACCGCUUCAGAUCACGAUUUUAAAUUGUAGCUUCUCCAAGCUCCAGCGCGUGGGACCUUGAGGAAAAUUAUUUAAGUCUUUUGAGCUUUAUUUUUGUUUCAUAUGUUUAAGAGAGUAAUAAUUGCUUCAGAAAUAGUAAAUGAAAGAAUGUGCGAUUAUAGAAAGCACAGGAGUUGUGGGGAAAGGCGCAGCGCUGUGUUUCAGUGGGUAAAACUGCUACCUGGGAAGCCAGCAUUCCAUAUGGGCACCAGUUCGAGUUCUGCCUGCUCCACUUCCAAUCCAGAUCCUUGCUAAUGUGCCUGGGAAACCAGCAGAAGAUUGCCCAAGUGCUUGGGCCCCUGUACUCACAUGGGAGACCCAGAAGAAGCUGCUGGCUUCACCUGGCCCAUCCCGGCUGUUGCAGCCAAAUGGAGUGUGACCCAGUGGAUGGAAUCUCCCUCUGUCUCUCCCCCUCUCUAUAACUCUACCUUUCAAAUAAAAUAAGUCUUUUUUUUAAAAAAAAUGAGAAUAUGUUGAGGAAUAUUUGUAUGUAACUCACACUUUUUCUUAGCAUAUUACUGACAUGCAUUGGGUAGGACUCUGUAAUUCUGUUUUAUUGUUCAUGAUGUCUUAUAAUAGUGCAUGAUAAUUAGUCAUUCCCUGUCUGUUUUCAAUUUUUGUGACUGUGAGUAGUAUAUCCUUUAUGUUUCAUUUAUUUUACUUCUGUGGAGUAGUUACCCAAAAGAGAUUUCGUCACAUCAGAAGAUAUGCUUUAAAAGUAUAUAAAUGAAUUCUCACUAGCUUACUCUGCAGAAAGUUUUGAGCACUUUAUAUUCCCGUUGGAGAGUAUGCAGAUGUCUUUUCUCCACACGUUGACUAGCAUGAGAUGUUUACGUUUCAUUUUUUGCUAAUCUGAUAAGUCUUAAAUUCCAUUUGCUGAACCAGUAGUGAGCGAUGGGUGUCCUUUAAUUAUUAGGAGAAUAAAUCGGUUCAUAUUCUUUGUCUAUUUUUUUAAAUAAAGUUCCUUACUGGAAUAUUGGUUAGUAGUGCUUGUGAUGGUGUUACAUUAGGUAAGAAAUGUUGGAGAAAUGGAUCUGAUUAAUUAUAUUUUGUUUUGCAGUUUGGGAAAUUAAAAGGUUUGCAUGUGCCUCAUUUCUUUUCCCUCUGAGUUGAUUCCCCCCUUACUACCCAAAUCCCAGGGCCAAUGGUUUGAUAAUAUAUAGUGGUAGAGAGAGGGCUGGGAGCGGAGGGAACACACCUGCCUGACCAGGAAGUUAAGUUCUUAACUACUACUGGGAGGUCAAGAUUUUUUUUUUUACAGGAAGUAAAUUUCAAGUGACCGUUUAGGAAUUAGUAUUGAACCCAAUGGUUUGCACAUGCUCUUCAUCUUCACUGAAUUGGAUAUAUCUUACUAUUUUCUGUUUGUUUCUUCAGAUUUAUCUUCAUUGCUAAGCGUAUAGUUGUAUCAUAGUGUGAAGAUUUCAAAUAUGAUUAAUUUUGUUUUCAUGUAAUUAUUGGUGUUACUAGGGUUUCUUUUUGUAUUUUAUUUUUAUUUUUAUUUUUUGACAGGCAGAGAGUUAGACAGUGAGAGAAAGAGACAGAGAGAAAGGUCUUCCUUCCGUUGGUUCACCCCCGAAAUGGCCUCUACGGCCAGCGUGCUGUGCCAAUCCGAAGCCAGGAGCCAGGCACCUCCUCCUGGUCUCUACUGGGGUUUCUAACUGGAGAAGUCUAAGUAAACUUAAUAAGCCUUAGUUAUAUUGGAAAGCUAUGGCACUGAUGUCAUCUGGUACCUAUAUUCUGGUCUUGUGAAAAAUUAAAAUAAAGUGUUUUUUUUGUUGUUGUUAUAAAAUAUGUAUUUACUUGAAGGAGUUACAGAGAAAGAAAGAAAUCUUCAUCUGCUGAAUCUGUCCCCAAAUGGCCAGAAUGGCCAGGGCUGGGACAGGCUGAAGCCUGGAGGCCUCAUGUGGGUCUCCUACAUGGGUAGAAGGGGCCCAAGCAUUUGGGCCAUUUUCUGCUGCUUUCCCAGGCCAUUAGCUGGAUGGGAAGUGGAGCAACCAGGACUCCUGUGCACAUUUAACAGCUUGACCUCCUAUGCCACAGCACCAGACCUGAUUUUUAAAUAUUUUAAUGUUUUCAAAUGAAAUAAGACUUUGGGAAAAGUUACAAUAUCUAAUGAACAUAUAUUUUCACAGAAUAUGAGAUGUCCAUUCAAAGUUAUACAUUGGGGCCGGCGCUGUGGUGUAGCGGGUUAAAGCCCUGGCCUGAAGCUCCAGCAUCCCAUAUGGGUGCCGGUUCUAGUCUCAGCUGCUCCUCUUCCAAUUCAGCUCUCUGCUAUAUGGCCUGGGAAAGCAGUGGAAGAGGGCCCAAGUCCCAAGUCCUUGGGCCCCUGCACCCGCGUGGGAGACCCAGAAGAAUCUCCUGGCUUCUGGCUUUGGAUCAGCACAGCUCUGGCUGUUGCAGCCAAUUGGGGAGUGAACCAGUGGAUGGAAGACCUCUCUCUCUGUCUCUACCUCUCUCUAUAACUCUUUCAAAUAAAUUAAAAAAAAAAAAGUUAUAGACCAAUGCGUUUCAUUGUCACAGUGUAUAAAACUUUGAUUUGGAGUGGUUUCAGGUUUCACAUUGCAGCUAACCUUUAAGCAAGGCCUGCUUGAUGAGCUGAGUUUGGUGAAGUAUCUAAGAGGAAUAUUCAUCAUGACCUGAAAUAUAAUUGAAACACUCCUGCCUUUUCCAAUAGUGUAUCUAAAUGAAUUUGGGUGUUUAAUGUGCAUGAGCCAAAUAACAUAUUGUAUGAGGUUGACUACAGAAAUGGGUAUGAAGUCUAUUGUCAAAAAUAAGUCAGAUACUAAAGAUGUUGGUUAAAAUAUAAAACAAACCCAUUCUCACUAAAUUUUCUUUUUGAUACUAGUUGUUUUUCUUUAAAAUGUUACAUGUUAACAUGUAUUUUUUGUUAUUUUAAAACACAGUCUCAAAUUAAUAUUUCUUGCAGUUUUCAUUCCAAUAUGGUAAAUGUAGACACAGCUCAUCUACACAGAAGCAUUUUCAGGUCUUAAGCACUUUUCAAAAGUGUCAGGGGAUCUUGAGCCUAAACAUUAGAGGAGUGCUGCUCAUUUCCUUUUUCUCUCCUCACUGUUGUCCACGUGGAUUCUUGAUUUUUUGUUAAAAUAAUUGAAAGCCAUAACAUGAUUUGUUAAUCCUUUUUUUAGAGCAGUUUUAAGUGAAUUGGAGCAAAUUUAGUGUUACUAAAAAGGCAAAGCUCUGAGUCUUUUCUGAAAUUAACUGAGAAAGUAAGAAGAUGAGACGCUGAAAUUUUAUUCUCCUAAGAUACAUAAAUAAAUAUAUUCACGUAGCCUUCCACACAUACCCCUGGAGAAUGCUGUCUUUUGUACUAAGGCUGCAGAAAGGUUGCACUUGAAAACUGCUAGCUGCCUUCCUCUGAUACUUUCAUUUCUAACUAAGUAAAUGUGUCUACUACUUUCCAAGUCUGUCAGUUCUGUCAGUGCUGUGACCCUGUGUAAGUUGUGGUUACUAGCUUGGCAGAUUAGAUAACUUAGAAGGCCAUGAUUGGCUGUGCCGUAAGAGUAACUUAGAAGAGUUCAUCUCCGCAAAGCACAGUGACCUAAAUCAGAUAUGUGCUCACUGUCCCUGGAAUCUUCAAAGGGACUCACGGCAUUCGGUUGACUCCAAGGCAUUUCUGUGUUACUAUGGAAAGGUUUCAUCAGGAGAAGAAGUUACCUGGUCCUGAUGAAGAGGCUGUUGUGGAUCUUGGCAAAACCAGCUCAACUGUGAACACCAAGUUUGAAAAAGAAGAACUUGAAAGCCAUCGAGCUGUGUAUAUUGGUGUGCAUGUCCCAUUCAGUAAAGAGAGUCGGCGGCGUCACAGACAUCGUGGGCACAAACAUCACCACCGGAGAAGAAAAGAUAAAGAUUCGGAUAAAGAAGAUGGACGAGAAUCUCCCUCUUAUGAUACCCCAUCCCAGAGAGUUCAGUUUAUUCUUGGUACUGAGGAUGAUGAUGAAGAGCAUAUUCCCCACGAUCUGUUCACGGAAAUGGAUGAACUGUGUUACAGAGACGGAGAAGAAUACGAAUGGAAAGAAACUGCCAGAUGGCUGAAAUUUGAAGAGGAUGUUGAAGAUGGAGGAGACCGAUGGAGUAAACCUUACGUGGCAACUCUGUCUUUGCACAGUCUUUUUGAACUAAGGAGUUGCAUUCUAAAUGGAACAGUCAUGCUGGAUAUGAGAGCAAGCACUCUGGAUGAGAUAGCAGAUAUGGUACUAGACAACAUGAUAGCCUCUGGCCAGCUAGACGAGUCCAUAAGAGAGAAUGUCAGAGAAGCUCUUCUGAAGCGGCAUCAUCAUCAGAAUGAGAAAAGAUUCACCAGUCGGAUUCCCCUGGUUCGAUCUUUUGCAGAUAUAGGCAAGAAACAUUCUGACCCUCACUUGCUUGAAAGGAAUGGGGAAGGCCUUUCAGCCUCCCGCCACUCUUUGCGGACAGGUCUCUCUGCCUCAAACCUUUCACUGAGAGGAGAAUCGCCUUUAUCUCUUCUUCUCAGUCAUCUCCUUCCUUCUUCGAGAGCCGGAACCCCUGCAGGCUCGAGGUGUACAACCCCAGUACCCACCCCUCAAAGCAGCCCUCCUUCCAGCCCUAGCAUCAGUCGCCUGACCUCCAGAAGUUCCCAGCAGAGUCAGCUGCAGGCCCCUGAGCUACUGGUCUCACCUGCCAGUGAUGAUAUUCCCACAGUAGUAAUUCAUCCGCCCGAGGAAGACUUAGAAGCACUGGAAGGCCAGGAGCAGAAGAAGGAGGAAAAUGUUGGCUUAACUCCAGGCAUUUUGGCCUCACCACAGUCUGCUCCUGGAAACUUGGACAGUAGUAAAAGCGGAGAAAUUAAAGGUAAUGGCGGUGGAGGAAGCAGAGAAAAUAGUACUGUUGACUUCAGCAAGGUUGACAUGAAUUUCAUGAGAAAAAUUCCCACGGGAGCUGAAGCAUCCAACGUUCUGGUAGGAGAAGUAGACUUUUUGGAAAGACCUAUAAUUGCGUUUGUGAGACUGGCUCCCGCCGUCCUCCUCUCAGGGUUGACCGAGGUCCCUGUUCCUACGAGGUUUUUGUUUUUGUUGUUGGGUCCAGCAGGCAAGGCACCACAGUACCAUGAAAUUGGAAGAUCAAUAGCAACUCUCAUGACAGAUGAGAUUUUUCAUGAUGUAGCUUAUAAAGCAAAAGACAGAAAUGACCUCUUAUCUGGAAUUGAUGAAUUUUUAGAUCAAGUGACUGUUCUGCCUCCAGGAGAGUGGGACCCUUCCAUUCGCAUAGAGCCACCAAAAAGCGUUCCUUCUCAGGAAAAGAGAAAGAUUCCUGUGUUUCCCAAUGGAUCUGCUCCCACAUCGGGUGAGACUCCUAAAGAGGCCGCCCAUCAUGCUGGCCCUGAGCUGCAGAGGACUGGACGGCUUUUUGGUGGUUUGAUACUUGACAUCAAAAGGAAAGCACCUUUUUUCUUGAGUGACUUCAAGGAUGCAUUAAGCCUGCAGUGCCUGGCCUCGAUUCUUUUCCUAUACUGUGCCUGUAUGUCUCCUGUAAUCACUUUUGGAGGGCUGCUUGGAGAAGCUACAGAAGGCAGAAUAAGUGCAAUAGAGUCUCUUUUUGGAGCGUCAUUAACUGGGAUUGCCUAUUCAUUGUUUGCUGGGCAACCUUUAACAAUAUUGGGGAGCACAGGUCCUGUUUUAGUGUUUGAAAAAAUUUUAUUUAAAUUCUGCAGAGAUUAUCACCUUUCCUAUCUGUCUUUAAGAACCAGUAUUGGUCUUUGGACUUCUUUCUUGUGCAUUGUUUUGGUUGCAACAGAUGCAAGCAGCCUUGUGUGUUAUAUUACUCGUUUUACAGAGGAGGCUUUUGCAGCUCUCAUUUGUAUCAUAUUCAUCUACGAAGCUUUGGAGAAACUCUUUCAUUUAGGGGAAAUAUAUGCAUUCAAUAUGCACAACAACUUAGAUAAACUGACCAGCUACUCAUGUGUAUGUAUUGAACCUCCUAACCCUAGCAAUGAAACUCUAGAGUUGUGGAAGAAAGAGAAUAUAACAGCACACAAUAUUUCCUGGGGAAAUCUUACUGUUCCUGAGUGCAAAACCUUCCAUGGUAUCUUUGUAGGCUCAGCUUGUGGUCUUCAUGGACCUUAUAUUCCUGAUGUGCUCUUCUGGUGUGUCAUCUUAUUUUUCACAACAUUUUUCCUGUCUUCAUUCCUCAAGCAAUUUAAGACCAAGCGAUAUUUUCCUACCAAGGUGCGAUCGACAAUCAGUGACUUUGCUGUGUUUCUCACAAUAGUAAUAAUGGUUGCAAUUGACUACCUUGUAGGAGUUCCAUCUCCUAAGCUUCAUGUUCCUGAAAAAUUUGAGCCUACUGAUCCAAAUAGGGGGUGGAUCAUAAGCCCGUUGGGAGACAAUCCUUGGUGGACCUUACUUAUAGCUGCUAUUCCAGCUCUGCUUUGCACUAUUCUCAUCUUUAUGGAUCAACAAAUCACAGCUGUAAUCAUAAACAGAAAGGAGCACAAACUGAAGAAAGGAGCUGGCUACCACCUUGAUUUGCUCAUGGUUGGUGUUAUGUUGGGAGUUUGCUCUGUCAUGGGCCUGCCAUGGUUUGUGGCUGCAACAGUGUUGUCAAUAAGUCAUGUCAACAGCUUAAAAGUUGAAUCUGAAUGUUCUGCUCCCGGGGAACAACCCAAGUUUUUGGGAAUUCGUGAACAGCGGGUUACAGGGCUAAUGAUUUUCAUUCUAAUGGGCCUCUCUGUGUUUAUGACUUCAGUUCUAAAGUUUAUCCCAAUGCCUGUUCUGUAUGGUGUUUUCCUUUACAUGGGUGUUUCUUCACUAAAAGGAAUCCAGUUUUUUGACCGCAUAAAGCUGUUUGGAAUGCCCGCUAAGCACCAGCCUGACCUAAUCUACCUCCGGUACGUGCCUCUCUGGAAGGUGCAUAUCUUCACUGUCGUGCAGCUCACCUGUCUGAUUCUCUUGUGGGUGAUAAAAGCUUCAGCUGCUGCAGUAGUUUUCCCUAUGAUGGUUCUUGCAUUAGUCUUCGUACGCAAGCUCAUGGACCUAUGUUUUACAAAGCGAGAACUUAGUUGGCUUGAUGAUCUUAUGCCAGAGAGUAAGAAAAAGAAAGAAGAUGACAAAAAGAAAAAAGAGAAAGAGGAAGCUGAACGCAUGCUUCAAGAUGAUGAUGAGACUGUGCACCUUCCGUUUGAAGGAGGAAGUCUCUUGCAAAUUCCAGUUAAGGCCCUAAAAUAUAGUGUUGAUCCCUCAGUUGUUAACAUAUCAGAUGAAAUGGCCAAAACUGCACAAUGGAAGGCACUUUCCAUGAGUACUGAGAAUGCCAAAGUAACCAGAUCUAACACGAGCCCUGAAAAACCUGUGAGUGUGAAAAUAAAUUUUGAAGAUGAACCAACAAAGAAAUACAUGGAUGCUGAAACUUCAUUAUAGGAUUGAACCCAGAGGAAUUAUAUAUAGAUAUAUAUAUAUACAUAUAUAUAAAAUGUGUGUGUCAUGUCACUAAAUAUAAAACAGUAUUGUAUGUCAUGCUGUUUAUGCAUGACUACUGGGUUUUUGAAGUAGUGUCUGAAGUUUGUUAUGAGCACCAUGGAGACUGUGUAUAUAAUGAAAUAGUCUCUUAGAAGUGAGGUACAUGGUUCUUACCAUUCAAAUAUUUAUUCUGCUGGAAAAAGUUUUUUUUGUUCUGCAAUAGAAAGAUGGGGGGAAAUGGAUUCAAUCUAUUUUUCUUAAGUUUCUGUUCAUCAAUGGCAGUUCAUAUCAUCCUUAAGUGAUACAUGCUUAGUCCAUAUAUUUAUAAAUUUUUCUUGGGUUUCUAACAUUUUCCCUAUAUAGUCACAAAAGUGAAAUAAUUAGUGCUAGUGCUUUAUGGGAAGAACAGGGAGUCUUUAUGCCAAUGCUGUGGGGAAAAUGGUAGCAUAUCAAGGCUUCUGUGUGUGUGUAUGUGUGUGUAUAUCAUAUGCAGAUGUCCAUCAUAUUUCACAAAUGAUGGCAAUUUCUUGGCCAUAGGGGUGAGUGUAGAACAAUUGUAAACUUACUAGAUAAGAGCCAUAGUUUUUAACCUUUAUGUUUUGGGAAAUGUUUUAACUCUUAAAACUCCCAUAUCUAGGUUUCCAUUCUGGCACACAAGUAAAAUUGCAUUUGAUUUUAUAAUUUAGCAUCCAUACCAGCCAUAAUUUUAGAAGCUAUAAAUGCCAAUUUGCAGUAGUUGAGUUUUGUUACUUUUGGAGAAACUUUUUAAAAUCUUUAGGCUGUUUAUAGAGCCCCUAUUCCCACUCAGUUUUCUGCCUUUGCUCUCUUUUACUUAAAAUGGGUUAGUUUGUAUCAGGCUCAAGUGCUUGAUUAUUUUUCUAUCAUAAGUAGUAUGAUUAAAAGAAUCAGGAAUCAGAAUUCUCUCAGAUGGGUUAAUGAUCAGUAUUACUUUAUUAAGAAUUACUUUUAAUUUUCUGUUUUUAUUCUUUCUAUUGUAUAGAUUAUAUUUAAUAAGUUGUUACCUGCAACUUCAUUUUUAAAAUAUUUUAUUUAUUUUAACUGAUAGGCUUAAAUAAUUCAUACACAUCUGAAAAGGUAACAAAUUUAUAGUAAACUGUUCAUGUACAUUCCUGGUGCUCCCUUGCAUUUGUUUAUUAUCUGAAAGCAGUUGACAGAUUUUUACAUCUUUGAUAUGAAGCACUGCCGUAUUUGUAUUUAAAAAGGAAAUUUGACAUUUUACGUACAGCUCAGAUUCAUGGCAUUCUUUCUGUUUUGUGUUGGGAUUUGUUAUUUUUAGUUUUCCUGAGCUGUCUUUUUAUCUUCUGGCAGAUCUUUUUAGCCAUUUUUUUGUAUACUCUUAGCUCCACAUGAAAUAAAUAAAUGGUUUUAUUAAGCCUGUAGGACUGGAUGAAUGGAAUUGUGAAACCGAUUUGAUAGGAGAAUAAUUUAGAAAAUCAAACUUGAGUAUUGAGAAGACACAGAAAUAUGACUCUUAGGAUGAACAUUUUAAUGAGAUUCUAAUAUUCCCUUUAGUUAUUUCUAAUAAAAACGCAAAUGUACGAACAAUUGACCUGAUAGAGAAAAGAUCAUGAAGAAUGCCAAAAGCUGAUAUUUUAGUGGUUCUGGAGUGAUUUUAGUCCAUUCUAAAGCUGUUAUCGUAAUGUAAUUUCCCCAUCUGAGACAGUAAUUGUCAGAUUUUAGUUAAAAUACAGACUCAACCUCUGCCUCAGAUGAGAUGUUAGAAAUGUAGCUGCUUUUCUCCAGACAACAUAGCUGACAUUGUUUGGUACUGUCUGAAAAAGAGUUAGACUCUAUGGGCAAUUGAUAGAGUAUUACCCAUGGUGCUUAUUGGGCAUGAGCUUCCAUUGAAGUGAUUCCUUUUUAUUCAUAGCGGCGUAAUGAUUUUCAAAGUCCCCAGUAUUUGCUGCUAUUUUUUAAACUCCCCUGAACCUGAGGAUUUCCUCACAUCAUUUCCUUGUGUUUGGACAUCAAAGGGUUAACAAUUGUACCUAUUUUACAAGGAAGUGAUUUUAAAAUAUAAACUGAAAACUACCUGGGAAAGUGUUUUUGUAAUUUUAUUUAAUUAUGUAUAGUAAUUUUAAGUGCCAGAAAAACCAUGACUUGCAAAAUACUUUGCACUCAAAACGUUUUUACUGUGUUCCUAAUUGUUAAGCAUUUCUGCUUUCUUUUGACUACUUGAUUUACAAAAUGAUCUGAUAUGACUACUCCAUUGAAGAGCAAAGGUAACUCAUGUUUAAGUAAUUAACUGCUUGUUUUAGAUAUUUCUUCCACUCUUUUUGAAAAAUGUCAAUCAUGGAUAGCAUUCAUUGCAAGACAGUGAAAGGUAAUUUACUACAUAUAUAGAUUUUUAAAUGUUGCCUUAAAUAGGUGUAUAUGAGCAGUAGUAAUUGCUAUGUACUGAUUUACCUCAAGGUGCAAAAGAAUUAAACUUGUACAUAUUCCAUUUACAAAAUAAAUUCAACUGAACAGCCCUGCACUUUCUUAGAUGCCUUGAUUUCCAGAAUGGAGCUUAGUGCUACUGAAUGCCCUGGACACAGGGCCACCUCAGGAUCUUCUUCUCCACUCUUAUUUAUUUAUAGAUGUCUGUUUACAAAGACUUUAAUAAAUCCUGGUGUUGACCAUCUGAAACUUACUUUCUUCUGAGUGCUGUUUCAAUCUAAAAUAGCAGCUUUUGAGAAACAAUGAACCAACUUUCUUAACCAUAAAAGGAUGAUUCCAUGUAUUCUUUAAUAAUAUUAAAUAUGCUGAAGUGAAGCACACAAUCUUUCUAAGUGUGUGUGUGUGUGUGAGAAAGAGAGAGAGUGAGAUAGAGAAUGAAUGUUAUCAACCUUAAAUCUCUUAACAUUGUUUUAAAAAAGCUGUGGCGUACCAAUGUUCAUAUUUGCCAAGUCUUCUGUAAAGCAUUUUAGACAAAAUUUUUAUGUGCUAAUGGAUGCAUUUUAUAAAGCAAAUCUGUUUAUCAUUCAAAAUUACUAAUCUUUGUUUUCUCCAUCCAAGAAACAAAUGUUUCUUCCAUUUACUCAGUUUCCAUGUGAGAAUAAAAGCUUUUAUCUUUUUCCUUUCACAAAGGCAGGUUCGAAAUUCUGUGAAAAGUAAAAUGGUCUCUAAACCUGAGGUAUAACACAAGAGCUUGCUGUUUAGAGGGUUAUAUCCUGUACCUCAGUUCUGUAAGUGUGCUCAACAGUUUAACAUGUGAAUCCUGUUAAAAGUGCUCAGAUUUCGGAUGUGUAAGCCAUUGAUGUCAUUCAAAAAUGUUGUAUUAAAUAACUUAGUGUUUUAAAUUUAUUUAUGUAGAUCACAUCAUUGUUACGGUAUGCAGUGCAAAUAUGUGAAUUGUCUUUUGGUUUAUUCCACAGUUAUUUAUUUUUUAGAAAGUAAAUAUAAAGAAUUGAAGAACACUUAAAUUUAUAGUGUUCAAAUUGCAAAAUUUGGGAAUUUUAAUGUAAAGUCCGUUUUGUGACUUAAAGAAGUGAAAUAAGUGUUGAUUAUACCAAGUAGUUGGAAAUGGAAUCAUCUAAACAUUUUAAAAAUCUAAUUAGCACAUAUUAACUUCUACAUUUAACUUAAUUGUUAUACCCCAAUUUUGUUUGGUUUUGUUUUUAAUCAGAUUUUUGCACAUUGAUUGGUUUUUGUGUUGUGGCUUUUCUUUUUUUAUUAUUAUUAUUCAAGGGUUUGGUUCUUGGUGUUUUUUUUUUUUUUUUUUUUUUUUUUUUUUGUAGGGGGGAGAUUGUUUUCCAGUGUUUACUGUGUUUAAAUAAAUAAAAUUGAAUUUUAUUGUUCAUUUAUAUAAUAUUUGAUACCUUGGUGUAAUUUCACAGUAGAAUUCCAAUUUUUAUGACUUUUAUAAUAUUUUCUUUUAUAAUAAAAUCCAAAGCAAAUUAAACAUUUAAAUUGUAAACUGAUAUGUUUCAUUUAUAUGAAGUUAAAAGUCUCUACCAAGUCUAUAAUGUGAAUGAUCCUGCCUUUCAAAUUUGUUUUAUAAUUGUUAAAACUAUUUUUUGGAGAUGUUAUUGAAGUUGAAAGAGCAAUAAAGUCUACUUAAUUAGU